AGCCUUUUAAGCAUAAAAAGUUUAAAUCAAAUCCAUAAAAGAUUCAGAAACAGUUAAACGUCUCUUUACGUUGCAAAAGUAAUUGAAAAUCGGUAAAAAGUGUUGAAAUGUUUGCCUCUCCUCCAUUAAUCAUUUUACUUCUUCUUUUUGUUUAUAUCUGAGAAAGAAGAAAAGCUUAAGAUAAAUUGCUCUGUUUCCCCUUCAGGCUAAGAAUAAAGAUUCUUAGAUUGCUCUCUGUUGACUAGUUUGUGCGGUUGGAAAUUUGAAGGAGGAAUGUCUUUGGAAGAAAUUUCCAAUAUUCGAGACCUCGAGAGGGAAAAGCUAGAAAAGACAGCAGAAAGAAUACGAGAUGGGAUUUCAAGCAAUAACUUCCAGUUAGUUCUGAAAUACAAGGAAUAUAUGGCAAGUACUCUUGAGAAAUGGGAGGCUUUGCACCUUCAGGUGGCAAACCUUAGUGCUGUUAGUAUCAGCACUGGUCCCAUGAAACAGAUGCAUCAGGAAGUUUUAGAUAUUGCGUAUAAAGCAGACAUAGAAGCAGAAAAUUAUUAUAAUGAAUUAAAGAAAAAGAAAAAGGAAGAAAGGCAAGCUGAGAGAGCGCUUAGAAAUGCAGAAUUGAGGGCAGAGCAAGCCAAGAAAGAAGAGGAAGAAAAAGAAGCCAGUAAACCUAUUCUGAAAGAAUACUUUACAAAUGAAGUCAAAGAGAUUAACAAGAUAGUUCUUGACUAUGCACUCAAGAUUGAAAAUAAGAAAGUUCCCUGGACUGCAGAACCUUUUGCUUUAAUGACGGAAAUAAAGUAUAUUGAAGAACGAUUUGAAAAGGCUGUAAGGGCUUACAAUCAGUUUGUUUUCCUUAGCUCUGAUAAGUCGGAAAAUGAAAAAAUACGUGAGUUGAAAAACACAGAAGAAAGAAGCUACAGAAGAGAACUAAUGAAAAUUAAAUCAUUCGUAAAUACACAGAAUUUAAAUCCCCAAUCAAGAGCAAAGAUAAAUGCUUCUCUUCCCACCAGACUAAAUCAACAAGUACCAACAUUUUUGGGUCACACAUUUAGCGAUUCAAAAAUGGCGAAUGAAAAAGAAGUUCUGAAGUCUUUUGAGGAGAACAUCAUGUCAAUAUCGAUGGAUGACAGGCAUGUUUUAGUUGGGUUGGUCAAUGGAAAGGUUGGUUGCAUCUACUCAAACAACAAGAAGGAGAAAUUUGUAACAGAAGUAGCAAGUGUGCCCAUUACUGCUGUUCUCGCCGAUCCUCUUGAUACAGCAGGAAAAUCAUUGUUCUAUGCAGGAGACCAAAAAGGAUUUCUUCAUGUUUUGGGUGAGAAGGGGGAUUUGAUUAAUUCUCUUAAAGUAAGGGAUGGUCCAAUCUUUGCUAUUCAAGACGUAGAAGUAAAAAAGGUAUGGGUUUAUUCUGAUAAGGGAAGGUCUGUGGUGACUUUAGAAGGCACGGAGCUGAAGAUCAAGGCGAAUAAGAACUCUAAGUUCAGCAUGGACCUAGAUGCAAGGUUUCAUCAGACUAGAGACAAGGGAGACUUUGCUCUAGAGGAGUUUGAUGCUCGAGUUCCAGCUAGAAUCUAUGGAUGCCCAAGAGUUAUGCUUGAAGCUAGUGAUGAUACUGCCUACAUCAAUGUAUUUGCCUAUGCAACUGACAGUGAGACAUACAGAAGGGAACUGGUCGAAGACAGCAAGGCUCCAACUACUCUUGAAAUCACUGGCAAAGGUCAAUCCAAAAUAAGAACUAUUGAAAUGGGUUCUCCAGUCAAGCAAGUGCUGAACUGCUUUGUAAAGUCUAAGGACAUCAGAAAGGAUGCCAUGUACGUGUUAACUAAUGAUGACAAAAUCACAAAGUUUGUGGUAUCUGAGCUUUUGGAUGAUGAAAUUCCAGAUUCCAGUCUGACUAGGAAGCUGAUCUUUGAGGAGGUUACUUCAGAUGAAAAUGAGAUGGAUGACAUUGGUGAUAUCGAGACUUUCACCUGUAGAUUGGGAAUGCUCUGCUUUACGAUGCGAGAUUCUGACGAGGCGUUUGUUGUAGAGGAUAAAUUUUAAUUUAUGAAAUAAAAGAUCUUAUGUUUUUUGUUCUUUUAUCAUAAUCAAGAUGAUUUCAGAAAAUAUUGUACAUUAGCUUCAUUACUGGUUCAUAAUAAAUUGUUUUCGUAUUUA